GCGCGUCGGAAGCGCGUCGCGGCGUCGCCUUCCGCUGCCCGCCCGGCCCAAGGUGCCUGCGGAGCUCGGCGGCGCCGCGGGGCCGUCGGUGGGCGCCGCGCGCCAUGAUGGUGGGCAGGACCAGCGCCAUCGCCGCGGGGCUGUGCGGGGCGCUCUUCAUCGGGUACUGCAUCUACUUCGACCGCAAGCGGCGCAGCGACCCCAACUUCAAGAGCCGCCUGCGGGAGCGAAGGAAGAAACAGAAGCUUGCCAAAGAGAGAGCAGGGCUUUCCAAGUUGCCUGAUCUGAAAGAUGCUGAAGCAGUUCAGAAGUUUUUCCUUGAGGAGAUCCAGCUUGGCGAGGAACUACUAGCUCAAGGUGAAUAUGAGAAAGGUGUUGAUCACUUGACCAAUGCCAUUGCUGUGUGUGGACAGCCGCAGCAGCUACUACAAGUUUUACAGCAGACUCUUCCACCACCAGUGUUUCAAAUGCUUCUAACUAAGCUCCCUACAAUAAGCCAGAGAAUUGUAAGUGCACAGUGCUUGGCUGAAGAUGAUGUUGAAUGAGGUCUCACCACAACAGGGGAAAAAAGUGUUUUCUUACCCCAGAAGAUGAGCAUCAGUAGGGGGAUAAAGGGGCAAACAUAGUAGUUAAUGGACUGUGUACCACAUCGGGUUCUACCAGAGUUAAAAAUAACUUUGUGUAGGUGGGUUUCGCAGGAUUUUAUUUAUUACCCCAGUGAAAAGUGUAUUUUGAUAAGAAUUCAUUUUAUAAAUACACUGUGUUGAGUUAUCAAAGUAUCACUAACUUCGUUAUUAAAUAUGCAGUUGUAAUGUUGUACAUAUAAAGACAUAAAACUACAACCUAUUGAAAACCCAAUGCUCAUUUUUGAAAAACAAACAAACAAACAAAAAGUUAUGGCAAUAAAGAUUUAUCUGCACUUGUGUGUCCCUAUAGUACUACUUUAAAUUUCAGAACAUUUGGGUGUCAGAGCAAACGAUCUCAAAAUGACUUAACAUUAAAAUUUAUUUUUAAUGUUAUGGCUGGUCUUCCAAUGCUUUUAAUUAAAAACCUCAUGUAAUUUCUCAAAAAAAAAAAAGAAAAAAUAGGUGUGUGGUCAUUUAAGCUGUAGCUGGUCACUUUAAAAAGAGAUGAAAUCAGAAUGGUACUAGGUGACUGGCUGCAGAAAGAAUGACACAUCUGUUUGUCAGGUACAAUAACACCUGUUGUGAUGCAAGGCAAAACUGUAUCUGCCAAACAGGAAAGCUCUGUUAGUGCAGGUGUCUGAAAUAAAGCUGCUAGGAGUAGAACCUUGGACAGAUUUUAAGAGCACAACAAUUGGUUUGUGGAGAACCAGAAACAUUUUAUAAGAUAAUUAACAUUUCAAUCCCUAGUUUUCAAGACCAUAGAAGAUGGUUGUUAACAGUCUUUGCCACUUGCCUUUAAAAUUUUUGGACUGAUACAAGUAAUGCAGGUAAGAUGUUGAUAUCCCCAGGCUAAACUAGCUAAAGCUAGUGGAAUUAGAAACCUGUAAAAUGUCAGUACACAGUGAAAAGGAGGCAAAUAAUGUGUAGCCUCAAAUGUGCUUUCAAAAGAUUACUUCUGCUCAUUUUCCAUGGGUAGGAUGCAAAUGUAAAUCUGCAUGUAAAUUUCAAAUGAAAACAGACUAUCUUCUACCGUUUUCUGGUUUGUCUAUGGCCACUCAAGUGGCAGAAGAAACAAUUAAGAAUGUAGCUUUACACUUCAGCACGGUGACUUAUGCUUUAGGGUGUUUGUCUUACAGACCAGCUGAUAGUUUGUGAUUGUGAUGUCAAUACAAUACUAGCAAGGUACUAGAUGGCAUAGUCCAAACAGAAGCGAUACUCUGAAUGCACUUUAGCUAACGUUCCUGUUUAUUUCUGUCUCAUUUCAGCCUGCUUUAAGUUUCUAUAAAAGCAGAUUCUUCCAAAACAGGCCUUAAAGUUUCAGAAGUUGCUUAUUACAGAAUUUUUGAGAGGUUAAAUGGAGGAUAGUUCAUGGUUAUCUAGCAGUAAGACAGCAGAGUUUAGGAGUGCAAAUGACUUUUGCUGAGUCUGUCAGAUUGGACAAUUGAAUUUGUUACGGAGAUAUUUCACCACUAACCCCGUGAAAAUAGAGUGUCCCAAGAUUUGAGCUGCUGUUGAAAAUUUCUGUAGUGGGACAAAUACUGAGGCUGAUGGCUUGUAUGAACAAAAACUUUUAGCUGUAAUUCAGUCUUUUUGUUGUGCUUGAGUUCAGGUAGCAUAAGGUAGAGGUAAAACUUAGUAGCCGUAAUCUUUGGAUGACAAUGACUGUUUUCCUUUUUUCCUUGGUUUAGAGGGACAAAGUUAUUCUGCACCUAAAAUAUGUAAUAAAAAACAUAAGUUGCAGUAGGUUCUGUGUUUAUGGGGAGCAUUUGGGCUUUUUGGAGGAGUUUGCCUUUUACUUCUUAAUUUAAAGGGUUAGGAAAAAUUCGUAGAUUACUGCUGUCAGAACUGUUCCCAUAUUUACCUGCUGUCCUUGCUGGUGGUGGUCAUUUCAGUGUAAUAUCUUUUUGGUUCGCCUUUUAACCUCAAGGUAAAUCAAGCUGCCUUAAAACCCAAACAGUGUAAGAUACCCUUCCUUCAAACCUGAAUAGCUUUCUACACUCUGGUAUAACGUUGCCAGUUUGAACUCACAGUUUAGCUUACAGCAGUGCUUUCCUGAGCUAAGUGUAUUUUAGCAAAUCUGUGUGUCAGUUCUUUGAUUUUGAUGGAAGACUUUUGUGUUUGCAAAUGUUCAUCGCUUUAAUAAUUGUUUUAGACACCCAUGUUACUCUAAACCUUUUUAGUUUUCUUGAUCCUGGAAAGUUAGAUAUUGUAGGUAACAUAGAUUUAAAUGAAGCCUUAAGAAGUACAGAUCCAGUCACAAACCUUAUAAUCCAAAAGCACUUGCUUAGUAAGCUAAUAGAAGCUCUGACACCUGAUUUGAGUGCCUUGUCUAGUAGGGUGGGAAUGUUGAAUCCUUUUAAGAAGGCUUAACAUACAUAUAUAUAUUUUUUUUUCCAAAAUCUGUUGAGCUAAAACUUUACAAACUGUGAAGACUUGAAGAUACUGUCUAGAAUGGGAGUUUGCUGUUUCUCCAGCAAUGACGGGCUGCCACUGGUGUCGCUGGCAUGCACAGCCCGCAGAUGGAGGAGGCUGUAACUUAGGACUGGUUGCAGGCAUAAGAGAAGGAGCCGGUCGUUGGAGGUGCAGUGGUACUGAUGGGUGUUGCUGCAUCACUGAUAGCAAUGCUGUUGCAUUUAGCUGUGCAUAAUAAGACUCUUUCUUUUUGCCUGUGCAAAUUAAAAAAUGUGGACGUGAACUGUUGCAGGAUUUGCUGCUGGUGAGCUCAGAGUUCCUGGUGCUAAUAUCUGUAAUCUUCACUGCAGGUAAAGCUACAAUUCUUUGUCCCAGAGAAGAGCCAUCCUCCAUUCUGUGCCUCUCCCCUUAGAGGAUUCCUCGUAAAGGAGAUCAGAGGUCUGUUAGUUUUAUGUUGGAAGUCUCCUGUCAUCAGUUAUGAGCUUCUCAGGCAGCUUUUAUAGCCAAAAAAAAAAAA